GACCCCCAUGCUGACACUUUGGGUGGGCCAAGGGAGGGGGAGGGGGGAGGGUACAACGCACACCACCUCCGGUGGAGCCACCUGCCGCUGCUGCACCCUUGCCAAGAUACACCCGUCACUGACCACCACUAGGCAUCUAGGGCAGCCCUUGGGCGACGACAUGUUGGAGGGCGCGAGAAGCUCCGUUGCUCUCGGUGGCAGCAGCGAGCGGACGAGAAGAGAAAGAGGCCAGGUUCAUUGGCGGAACCAUGGCUCGUCAAGCCUGGGCGGCUGCCUGGGCUCAGCUGGUGAACUCCACUGAAAUAGUAGAAGAGAGCAAGGAUUCAAACUUGGUGAUCCCCUACCCUUGGCGUGAUGGUCAGGUCUAAGUAAUCUGAAGAAAGGAAGCAACGAACCAAUCUGCAAGCUGCAACAUCUGAAGAAAGGAAGCAAUGAGCUAUUGUGUGCUGGGAUGCACACGUCAUAGGGUUAGACCUGUUUAGUCAUGUGGUGGUGGGGAGGGGAAUGGAGGUGGGAGCCUUUUCGGAGGCGUGAACUAUCCUUUCUUGCCUUCUAAAGGGUGGAAGUUCUUCGUUCAUUUUCUACAUGGAUUUCUCGUGCUUUGUUGGGCUCAACCUUAGCUUGUUGCUUUGCUGUGGUUCCAUGUGUCUGUCGGUCUAGUAACUUAGAUGACUGUAUGCUGUCAUUUCCUGAUUUAUUUGCAUGUGAAGGGUACAAAACGGAAAAAUGCUAAUGGGUACCGUUUUAGCCUACCAAUUGCCAUACUGGUAUGAAACAGUAAGUUUUUUCAUGUCUAAUGCCAAAAUAAUAUAGGUCUGAUAGAAGAUUCAAUAUUUGCCAGUGGCAUAUAGAAAGUUUCCCCCAAAAUAUUUUGUGCAAUCCACUCCCUUGUUUUUGGCUUUUAGGAUAUCAAGCUGCUGUCGAUUAGUUUCCUCUGAUCUGUGUUGAAAUACUAAACUAAGCUAACCAUGCCCAGGUGUUACGAGUACAUUGAGGAGAUUAUACAGAAGCAAGAGCCUAUUGAAACUGUACUUCGCCUUCUAGUGUUAUUUUCCCUUACAAAUGCUGGGUUACCCAAGAAGAAUUUUCACUACUUGAGGCGGGAAAUACUGCACAGUUAUGGCUUUGAGCACAUGCCCUUGUUAUACAAUCUGGAAAAAGCUGGCCUUGUUAAAAGGCAGGAAUCAAGGACUAAUUGGCCUGUUAUUAGCAGAGCUCUCCAGCUUAUAGUUGAUAUAAAGGAUCCUGAAAAGUAUUAACUGCAUAAACUUCAGACUUACUUUGGCUUCUCUUUCAAGUUUCACUUAUAAAACUUUAUGCUGAAUUAAUCUCCACAAAUUUUUCAUCUUUCAGAAGGUGUAGUUUAUUAAUGUAUUUUUUUGUUUAUUUUCAAAACUGGCUAAUUAUGUUCUUA